CGAAGUCCUAAGCAAGGUCGAAAAAAAAAGAGAAUGUUGGGGACAGCUGCUUAUUCUGCCGCCACCAUCCCUACCACCACCGGCGCUGCCAAAACCGUCCGCCGCUCUUUUCACCGAAAUACGUUGAGUUCUGUCUCUUAUUCCCCUUACCACUCCAUUGCCUGCGGUCGCUUUCAUUUUGUCUCGCUACGCACCUUCGCCGCUGUUUCAACCAAAGCCAUGUCGCACUCUCAAGCGAUCGCUUCUUCUGAACUCGACCCUCAAUCCCCUGCCUCCGGCAAUAAGCAAGCACUAAUAACUUUGUCAGACAAGAAAGACUUGACAUUGCUUGGCAAUGGCCUUCAAGAAUUGGGGUACACAAUUGUUUCAACUGGAGGAACUGCAUCUGCCUUGGAAAAUGCUGGUGUAUCUGUAACCAAAGUGGAGCAGCUUACUUGUUUUCCUGAAAUGCUUGACGGUCGUGUGAAAACACUACAUCCCAACAUACACGGUGGUAUUCUUGCUAGAAGAGACCAAAAACAUCACAUGCAAGCUCUUAAUAAGCAUGGCAUUGGUACAUUUGAUGUGGUGGUUGUGAACUUGUACCCGUUUUAUGAUAAAGUUACUUCUACUGGAGGAAUUGGAUUUGACGAGGGCAUUGAGAAUAUUGAUAUCGGUGGCCCUGCAAUGAUUAGAGCUGCUGCAAAGAAUUAUAAGGAUGUCUUGGUUGUUGUUGACUCACAAGACUAUCCUGCACUCCUCGAGUUCCUUAAAGGCGGUCAGGAUGAUCAACAAUUCCGUAGAAAGCUUGCCUGGAAAGCUUUUGAACAUGUUGCUUCUUAUGAUUCUGCAGUUUCAGAGUGGCUCUGGAUACAGACCGCGGGAGAUAAAUUCCCUCCCAACUUGACGGUGCCGUUAUCCCUGAAAAGUUCACUUCGUUAUGGUGAAAAUCCACAUCAGAAGGCUGCAUUUUAUGUUGACAAGAGUCUGUCUGAGGUCAAUGCUGGUGGUAUUGCAACAGCUGUUCAACACCAUGGGAAGGAAAUGUCGUAUAAUAACUAUCUAGAUGCCGAUGCCGCAUGGAAUUGUGUCUCAGAGUUUAGGAACCCUACAUGCGUGAUUGUAAAGCACACAAAUCCAUGUGGAGUAGCUUCUCGUGUUGACAUCCUUGAGGCUUAUAGGCUUGCUGUGAAAGCUGAUCCCGUGAGUGCAUUUGGAGGAAUUGUAGCCUUCAACAUAGAAGUAGACGAGGCUCUUGCUAAGGAAAUCCGAGAGUUCCGAAGCCCAAUGGAUGGUGAAACUCGGAUGUUUUAUGAGAUCGUUGUGGCUCCCAAGUAUACAGAGAAGGGACUUGAGAUACUCCGUGGAAAGUCAAAAACACUGAGGAUACUUGAAGCAAAGAAGAAUGAGAAAGGGAAGCUCUCACUACGACAGGUUGGUGGUGGUUGGCUGGCCCAGGAUUCAGAUGACUUUACGCCUGAAGACAUCCAGUUCAAAGUGGUUUCUGAGAAUAAGCCACAAGAUGGUGAGCUUCGUGAUGCAGAAUUUGCAUGGCUGUGUGUAAAGCAUGUCAAGAGCAACGCUAUUGUAAUAGCAAAGGACAACUGUAUGUUGGGUAUGGGAAGUGGGCAGCCAAACCGUCGGGAGAGUUUGAGAAUAGCUUUGAGGAAAGCAGGAGAUGAGGUCAAGGGAGCUGCUUUGGCUAGUGAUGCGUUCUUCCCAUUUGCUUGGAAAGAUGCAGUGGAAGAAGCUUGUGAAAGCGGGAUUGGAGUCAUUGCGGAGCCUGGUGGGAGCAUUAGAGAUGGGGAUGCCGUCGACUGUUGUAACAAGUAUGGUGUUUCAUUGCUUUUCACAAAUGUAAGGCAUUUUAGGCAUUGAUACUUGCAUUUUUGCCAACAUGGAUUCAACCUGUGCUCCAAGGGGGAGGAUGCAAGUGUUAUGCAACUCAUUUGGCUGUAAUCUUCACAACUAAGAAACGUUUUGUUUGUGUUAUUUAGAGGUUGAACCCUACAGUUUUGUACCGGACGUUUAUCGUUCCUCUUGGUUUACCAAAAUAAUAGAAUAAGAGGUCUGAAUUUUGAUUGAUUA